GAGCACUUGCUGCCACAUUCUGUUUGACAGAUCCUGUUUACAUCUGUCAUCGACCCAGCAAUAUGCAGUUCUAGUUCUGUCUGGAAUACUCAGGUCCAGCGAGUAUAUUUGAAAUAUAUUUAGUUCGCUGCUCAUUUUUGUUGUUAUAUAAAUAGAGUUGUUAUAGCAGUUUGGCUGAUAAAGUUGUGCGAGUGCAGCUGUGGUAAGGCAUUUUACGAUUACAUUUUACCCUAACCUCAUGAAUCAUGAUAUACCCCUGUAAAUUAACCAAUACAAUUUAUUACAGAAUGAAUUUCGAGCCAGCUGACCCACCGUUAUUAGACCCGUUUAUUCUGGAACGAUUCACAGAGGAGGAGAUUAGGAAACAGGAACAGACGCUCAGACAUAAAUAUGUUCUUAAAAAACUCGCAGAUUUUCUGCCCAAACAGAACAAUUCAGUGAAAGAGAACAACGUCAAGCAGCAAGUUCAGGACCUGAUCCAAGAUUCAGUGAAUUCUCAUAUCAGCAACCAACUCACUUCUCAGCUCUCAAAUCAGCUCUCGAACUUUCCAUUGUUUCCCUACCCCGCCGGUCUAUUCCCGCCAAAUGUGCACGUCCAGAACUCUCCAGCACCCUUCAGUUUUCAGUCCAAAGACUCUCCAGUCCCCUUCAGUUUUCAGUCCAAAGACUAUCCAGCUCCCUUCAGUUUUCAGUCCAAAGACUCUCCAGCUCCCUUCAGUUUUCAGUCCAAAGACUCUCCAGCUCCCUUCAGUUUUCAGUCCAGAGAGACCCUACCCCUGUUAUCAAUGUCACAACAGAGCCAGGUGACGAACAUAAGACCUCCAUCACCACCGUCACCCCACCGUCAAGCCAACGUGAUAAAACCUCGUGCUACCAAACGCUUCACCUACUCUCAAUCAGCCGUGCUGGAAGAGUUCUUCCAGAAAUACGGGAGUGCCAGGAUUGUGGACCGUAUUGCCCUGGCUCAGAAACUGGGCCUGUAUAAGAACGAUGUGAUCGGUUGGUUUCAGUCGAGGAGGAGAAAAGAGAGGAGAGCUACCAGUGGGGGGAGCACUUACUCGCAAGCUACUGUCGAUCAGAACAAUUUCGCUCAGAACGGAAAUAUCGCGCAAAUAUGUUCGUCAGGAGUUCGUUGAAAUCCGUUUCGACAGAAUGCAGCAGUAACAGUCAACACAUUAUUUGUUUUAACAGCAGCUCAAAUUUUGAUGAUGAAAAGUUCGAAGACUUGUAAAGUUUAAUAAUAAUGCUACGAAAUUUGAUCUGAGGUGUACAGAA